AUGCCUCCAUUCGGUGAGACGAUUGCCGUGAUUGACAAGUCCGGCAAAGUUGUCAGCACGAGUAAACAACUGUUUGGUGUCUUUAAUCACGCCAAAAAUGCAUACCGGGAACGCAAAGCCCAGUUCCAGUCGGAACGUAACGCCAGAAUCGCCGAGCAGGAAGCUUUAAGAGGACUGCAAACCUAUACUAUCGAAGACUCGCCCUCGGUCGCCUCCUCACGCAGGAGUCGUUCGCGACAUCAUUCCGGCCGUAGCCAUCAUCGUCAUCACUAUGAGGGCUCUGAAUACGAACAAGACCUGCACUCCGUGGCCUCGCGCCCUCACUCAUCCCAUCAACGUCCAACAGACAUGGUUCGCCGCCACACCCACCACGAGAUUGCGCUCCGCGAGCCCCAGGGCCGGCCAAUGACCGGUCGCUCUCGGUCGGAUGCCCAAGUGGAUAUGGACUUAGCAUACGGCGACUUCCAUCCCUCUGCACUAGAGCGCCAGCCAUCCGCCGCACAGGACGGCCAGCUGCAAAAGAUCGAUGACCCGGAAUUGAAUGGUCUGGUUGGUCGGGCGCAAUGGCUUCUGGAAGAAGCCAACUGCGUGCAUCACACUGCGACAAACACAAUUGCCCACCUUCAGAAGAAUCCGGACGCCAUGGCAGCCGUUGCGCUCACCUUGGCGGAGAUCAGCAACUUGGCCACCAAAAUGGCCCCCGCCGCACUCUCUGCUUUUAAGGCGGCGGCGCCUUCUGUAUUUGCCCUACUUGCCAGUCCCCAGUUCUUGAUAGCAGCCGGGGUUGGCCUUAGUGCGACCAUCGUCAUGUUUGGUGGAUACAAAAUUAUCAAACACAUGCAGGGUGGAAAUAACCAGGAGAUGAGCGCUCCGCCGGGUGCUCCUCCAGGGGUUCCACCGGGUGCCGAACCACAGGAGCCCAUGGACGACAUGAUGGAAAUCAACACCGAAUGUCUGAGCAGCGUCGAAAUGUGGCGGCGUGGCGUGGCAGAUGCCGAGGCAUUUAGUGUUGGCACGUCGGUUGACGGUGAAUUUAUCACGCCAAAGGCUGCCGCCAUGUCCGGCAUCGAUGUGACGACGGCUCGUAUGACGAGAGACCCACGCUUUAAGUUCGACGAUGAUGUCUCCAUGGCAUCUUCACGGCGUUCCCGUCGAUCCCGAGCUCCUCGUGGCACCUCCCGUUACUCCAGGAUGGAGCCUAUGCCCGAAUCCGCACCUUCCAAAGCUCCGUCAAGGGCCCCAUCCCAAGCGCCAUCUAGGGCACCUUCCAAAGCCCACUCCAAGGCCCCUUCCAAGGCACCCUCCAGAGCUCCCUCAAAGGCGGAAUCACGAUACUCCGAGAAAGAGGUGAAACCUGAGAAGAAGAAACGAUCAAGUCGACUGCGACUCAUGUUUACUGCUUAA